AUAUCGCUGCACUGAAAUUUAUCGCGAACCUCGUUAUGCAACGCAGCACCCAACGCGGUUGUGGAUGCGUGAGAGAGCGCCUUUUACUGCCUGUCCUUUCUCGAUUCUCCUUCCCUGUGCAGAAAGGCGCUCCAGUGACUUUUGGGUUGAACUCCAUCCCUCCCUUCUCCUCUCUUACUUCUCCCUUCCAACCCUUUUUGAAGAGGGGAGGAAGCAAAACUCCGGGAAGAAACAAACCCUAACCCACAGGCAUAGAAAAAAAAAAACAGAGAGAAAAGAUGCUGUUUCCGCACCUGCACUUGUGUCUGCUUCCAUGCCUAACAUCCCUGUGGCAUAGAUGUGGAUAUGGCAUAAACUAAUGCAUAAGUUGGGUAGGGGACACAAGGACAAGGUCCAGCAAUUUACAGCAAUAACAGGAACUAGUGAAAAGAUUGCUCUUCAGGCGUUGAAAGCUAGUGAUUGGCAUCUAGAGGGGGCUUUGGAUUUGUUCUAUAGCCAACCUCAAGUCAGAGCUGUAACUGAUUCUAGACACCUUGAGGAGUUAUAUCAUAGAUAUAAAGAUCCAUAUGUUGAUAUGAUAAUGGCAGAUGGAAUUGCUUCUCUCUGUGAUGAUUUGCAGGUUGAUCCUGGAGACAUUGUCAUGUUGGUUGUUAGUUGGCAUAUGAAAGCUGCAACUAUGUGUGAAUUUUCUAGGCAGGAAUUCAUAGGUGGUCUGCAGGCACUUGGGGUAGAUUCUAUUGAGAAGUUCAGAGAAAGGAUACCGUUCAUGCGUGCAGAACUCAAAGAAGAACAGAAAUUUCGUGAAAUUUAUAAUUUUGCAUUUGGCUGGGCAAGAGAAAAGUCUUUGAUGCAGGGUCAGAAGUCAUUGGCACUUGAUACGGCCAUUGGGAUGUGGCAAUUGUUGUUUGCUGAAAAACAGUGGCCUCUGGUUGACCACUGGUGCCAGUUUUUGCAGGCAAAGCACAACAAAGCAAUCUCGAGGGACACCUGGUCUCAACUUUUGGAGUUUGCCAAGACGGUUGAUCCAAUGCUGUCCAACUACGAUGCUGAGGGUGCAUGGCCUUAUUUGAUUGAUGAAUUUGUGGAGUACCUAAUGGAGAACGGGAUCAUCCAAAGAAGUGGCUGAGCUGGACUAUUCUGCAGAUUGUGGAAGGUGAAAUGUUAUAAUAACAUACCUUUGAGUUUGGAUUGCACAUAAGGGUGGUGAUUUAAACUAUUCAAUGGGUGUAAUUCUGUUGAAAGAUCAUGAACUUCACGUGUUCUCUUGUUAUAAAGAAGUGGGUAUCUGCAAAAAUGAUACCAUUCUUGCAGGUAUUCGUUUUUUUUUUCUCUUAUUUUUUUCCCUCGUUUUGUGGUUCUAGUGGCUCUUUUGUGGUAAUGCACAAUUCUAUUUAGUCUGUAUGUAGAUACGACAUGCAAUUCUUGAAUAUUGGGCUAAUUGGUAAUUCAAUCUGUGAUGAGUUGUAUAAAUUAAAGAUUUUACUGGUUU